AAUGGCUUUGUUUCUCAUUUUACAGGCUAAAAAUAUGGGUUUCAAGCGCACUUUUGAUGCUGAGGAUGUGCAAGAGCUCAACGUUAAGAAUGCAAGACAGAUUAGUUAUUGUAAUAAGCUGGCCAAACUAGAUGAAGGAGUUCCAUAUCGUGUUUCACUGGAGAAGUCAAGUGUCGUAGCAGGAGAUGAUAUAAGUGAUCUCUAUGGGUAUAAAUGUGAGGAUGACGUUGAGAAUGGGUUUGAGACCAGUGCGCCGUUCUCUUGGAUCACUACUGGAUUGUGUGAGGAGGAUUCUCAGUCUGGAGCUACGACUCAGUCUACCCUUUCUCAUGAAUCUCCUGAGUCAGAUAUACCUUGGAGACCAGUUUACUCGGAAGAAGAUGUUUAUUGGUGUCCGGUUUCUCCUAGAAAAACAGUUCCAAUCGGGCCGGAUUACCAGGCUGAUAUUCCUGAAUGUGUCAAGGAAGAGGCAAGUGGUCAGUCGGGUCAGGCUGUUGGUUACGAUGAAGAACAAGUAACCGGGAAGUGCGUGAUUCCAAUGCCUGACUGUGAAACCGAGGUCUGCAAAAUUGGUAAAGGAAGAAAGGAAUGCAUUUGCCUGGAUAAAGGUUCCAUCAGAUGUGUGCAGCAGCAUAUAAUGGAAAACAGGGAAGACUUGUUUGAAACUAUUGGGUACGACAGAUGUCUGAAUUUAGGUCUUUAUGAAAUGGGUGAGGAAGUUGCGGGUAAGCUAACUGAAGACGAGGAAGAUCUAUUUCACGAGAUUGUUUACUCCAAUCCGGUUUCAAUGGACCGGGAUUUCUGGAAACACCUUAAGUCUGCAUUUCCUUCACGGACCAUGAAGGAAAUUGUGAGCUAUUAUUUCAAUGUCUUUAUCCUGCGAAGACGAGCUAUCCAAAAUCGCUCUAAAAGCCUGGAUGUUGAUAGUGAUGAUGACGAGUGGCAAGUAGAGUAUGACAACACCUUUUAUGGUGCUGAAACUCCAUCAGAUGACAAAGCCGAAAAAAGCCUCUCAAGAGACGAAGAAGAAGAGGUUAAUGCUAAUGAAGAUUCGUACAUGUCCUUUGAGUAUCAGUCCAACGCAAUCUACUCUCGAUGUCCAGUUAAAAACAGAGAAGAAUCCAACAUUGGGAAUUACUGGCGCCACUGCAAUGAUCUUGUGGAUCAAUCGUAUUCAUUUGAUCCUUGUGAUUCAAUACUACCAGAUCAUUGUUGGACUAAGAACAUUGAUCUUCUUCCAACUUCAAACAUCAUCGACGAGAUCUUUGGUCAAGACCCAUGGGAUGAUUUCUCCAGAGGGAAGUAAAUGAAGAAUUGUCUCCCAUCUCCAUUGUUACUCUGCUCCAAGUUCUGAAUCUUCUGUAUGUAAAUGCAUUGUUUAGGAAAAUCUCAAGUUGGAAGUUUUGAGGGAGUCCUGUCCGUGUAUAGUUUAUCGCCGUGGAAACUUUGUGUUUUUGAUAGCUUUAGAUUAUUUAUUACCUUUUUAAAUCAGAUUUAGAUUUUGUUGUAAGAAGAAGAAAAAAUCUUCAUCUGUUUAAUAAACUAACUUUUGUUCA